AGCAUCUAUGUUGCAUGAAGUCUCCGAUACACGCCUUCAGUUGACAGCAAGCUGUCCCCUGCACUUCCCCUCUUUCCUUCAGUGACUUGGAUGACCGCGAGAACGCGGCUCGUGAAGGGCCCGGACGGCACUCCUUACCAAGGGGGAGUGUUCCAGCUGGACAUAAGGGUGCCUGACCAGUAUCCCCUGGUCCCACCAGCCGUGCAGUAUCACACCAAAAUCUUCCACCCCAAUGUGCACUUCAAGACGGGCGAGAUCUGCCUGGACAUCCUGAAGAACGCAUGGAGCCCGGCCUGGACGCUGCAGUCGACGUGCCAGGCCAUAGUCGCGCUCAUGAGCGAUGCCGCCCCGGACUCGCCGCUCAACUGCGACGCGGGGAACCUGCUGCGCGCGGGCGACGUGCGCGGGUACAACGCGCUCGCGCGCAUGUACACGCAUGAGCACGCCGCGCCAAAAUAGGCGGCCGGGUCAGUAAAACUGAGACGUAGUGAUGACUAAGGGUUCUGGCAUGCCGCGCCAAUUCUGAAAGCAGGCGGCCGGCUGAGGCUGAUUUAGUGGACCCAUGAAGGUUCCAAGAUGAAGCACCCUAGUGAGGUCACCCUAGUGAGGUCACGCAUGGCUGCACUGGGUCAGUGCACCAGAGAGGUCAUGACAACUAGGGGUACUGGCCGCGUCAAAGUAGGCGGCCAGCAGUGGCACGUGCGGUCUUAGUAAAGCAAAUGCGUUGG